AUGCUCCUCUUUUCUUCAACUCUUCUGCUCUGCCAGUACCGUCCUGCUCUCCUCCUGUGCUCUGCUGGUCUGUUGCCUCUGUGCUCCUCUUAUCCUGCGUUGCUCUUCUUCUUCUAUGCUCCUACUCAACCCCCUAUCUCCCCACGUUCCAUGCCCAUUUUCUGCCUCGCUCUCCUCCUGUGCUCUGCUGGUCUGCUGCCUCUGUGCCCCUCUUCUUAUCCUACGUUGCUCGCCUUCUAUGCUCCUACUCAACCCCCUAUCUCCCCACGUUCCAUGCCCAUUUUCUGCCUCGCUCUCCUCCUGUGCUCUGCUGGUCUGCUGCCUCUGUGCCCCUCUUCUUAUCCUACGUUGCUCGCCUUCUAUGCUCCUACUCAACCCCCUAUCUCCCCACGUUCCAUGCCCAUUUUCUGCCUCGCUCUCCUCCUGUGCUCUGCUGGUCUGCUGCCUCUGUGCCCCUCUUCUUAUCCUACGUUGCUCGCCUUCUAUGCUCCUACUCAACCCCCUAUCUCCCCACGUUCCAUGCCCAUUUUCUGCCUCGCUCUCCUCCUGUGCUCUGCUGGUCUGCUGCCUCUGUGCCCCUCUUCUUAUCCUACGUUGCUCGCCUUCUAUGCUCCUACUCAACCCCCUAUCUCCCUACGUUCCAUGCCCAUUUUCUGCCUCGCUCUCCUCCUGUGCUCUGCUGGUCUGCUGCCUCUGUGCCCCUCUUCUUAUCCUACGUUGCUCGCCUUCUAUGCUCCUACUCAACCCCCUAUCUCCCCACGUUCCAUGCCCAUUUUCUGCCUCGCUCUCCUCCUGUGCUCUGCUGGUCUGCUGCCUCUGUGCCCCUCUUCUUAUCCUACGUUGCUCGCCUUCUAUGCUCCUACUCAACCCCCUAUCUCCCCACGUUCCAUGCCCAUUUUCUGCCUCGCUCUCCUCCUGUGCUCUGCUGGUCUGCUGCCUCUGUGCCCCUCUUCUUAUCCUACGUUGCUCGCCUUCUAUGCUCCUACUCAACCCCCUAUCUCCCCACGUUCCAUGCCCAUUUUCUGCCUCGCUCUCCUCCUGUGCUCUGCUGGUCUGCUGCCUCUGUGCCCCUCUUCUUAUCCUACGUUGCUCGCCUUCUAUGCUCCUACUCAACCCCCUAUCUCCCCACGUUCCAUGCCCAUUUUCUGCCUCGCUCUCCUCCUGUGCUCUGCUGGUCUGCUGCCUCUGUGCCCCUCUUCUUAUCCUACGUUGCUCGCCUUCUAUGCUCCUACUCAACCCCCUAUCUCCCCACGUUCCAUGCCCAUUUUCUGCCUCGCUCUCCUCCUGUGCUCUGCUGGUCUGCUGCCUCUGGGUGGGAGCGGGAGGAAAGGAGAAGGUGGGGUUGGGGAGGAGGGGGGCGAAGGUGUGGAGUGGGGUGGGGUGCGGUGGCAAGGGGCGGAUCUGGUACAGGAGUGGGUUGCCAGGAUGUGGGAUCAUUGUGAAAAAAAGGAUAGGCGGGGGGAGGGAGGCAGGAGAAAUGGAGAGACAGGCAUGGAUGUUGUGUGUGGGAAGGGAGGGGCAGAGGGACGAGACAAACGGAAAGGAAAAGAAGUGGUGGCGGAAGCAGGAAUAGGGAGACGGAGAGAAGGGGUGUGUUGGCACGAGCAGCACAGGCACAGGACAGGGAGCAGACACAGCGGAUACAGGAGGAGCAGCAGUAGAAGCAGGAGAGUCACUCACUUUGGGGAUGUGGUGGGGGGGAUGAGUGGGAGAAGAGUGAGGGGGCUUUGCUUUGUGUGGCCGAGGUCUAUGGGAGAUAUGCUGGCGAGCGAGAGAGAGGCGGUGUGUGGGUUGCUGGAGGGGGCUGCGAGGGGAUGGAGAGGAGGGGAGAGCGAGGAGGGAGUGGGGGAAGGAAGCGGGGAGGGAGAGGAGGGAGAGGAGGGGUUGGGGAGGGGGAGCUGGGGGUGUGUUUGGUGUGGGAGACAGGGGUGUGAUGGGCUGAUUGGGGCUGUUGGUGAGUUAAGGAGAGUGUUGGAGAGAGUGGGGAGGGGGAAGGAAGAGAGAGUUCAGGGAUGGGGAGCAGGAGAGGGAGGGAUGCGGAGGGGAGGGAGGCUGUUGAUUGGGGAGGAGGAUGAGGGCAAGGAGGAAGAGGAGGAGGAGGCGAAAGGGACAGGAGAAUGGGGGAGAGAGAGUGGGAAGGAGAAGGGGCGGGGAGUGAGAGAAGAGGAGAAGGGUGUCGGAGGAGGGGAGGGAGGGCUUGCUGUCGCCAGCAAGAGAGGGAUUUGGAACGGUAGGAAUGGAUUGGUUAAGUGCGGGGAAGGAGGGGAGGAGUGUGGGAGAGAGGAGGAACGGGAUGGGAAAGCAGCCAAGGGGAAAGGUGGUAGUGGGAGAGAUGGGGUGGCUGCUGCUGCAAGAGGUGAUGACAGGGGUUAUAGAGGGGAAAGGGGUCUUGGUGGUGGUGGUGAUGGUGGUAGUGAUGAGAGUGAUGGGGAUGACGAUGGGGCUAUUGGGUUCAUUCCCUUGAGUGAUGCAAGGCCUCAGAAGGUGAAGACAGGGGCAAAGAAUAUGGAUGCUGGUGCUGAUGGUCGGGUGGGUGCAAAGGGAAGAAGCGGUUUUACCCCGCUGAUAUGGGUGACUAAGGGUGGGGAGGAGGUGAAAAGGCAGGAGGCAGCAGGAGGAAUGGCUACUGGUGGGGGUGUUGGUGCUGCUGCUGCUGCUGGUGGUGGUGCUGCUGCUGGUGCUUUUGCAGGUGCUGGUGCUGGUGUUGCUGGUGCUGCUGUUGCUGCUGCUCCUGUGGGUGAUUAUGCUGGUGCUGUGAACGAAUGGUUGGAGGACGAAGGGAGUGUGGGCGUGAGCGGUGCUCCACUGAGAGGGAAAGCUGAAGAGGGAGUGAAGGAGAAAGAGGGACUGAGAGUGAACGAGUCAAGAGAGGGAGGUGCUAAGGGUCCUGAGACACCAGCAAAGCAGAGAGAGGGGGGAACUGUUGUAAAGGGGGGAGUGAAAGAGGCAGAGAGAGUGAGUGGUUUGCAGGUGAGAGUGAAAGCGGAGCCAGUAGAGGAUGUGGUGAUGGGGGGGAGAGAGGGGGAGGUGGGACGAGUGGGGGAGUUGGGGAAGGUGGGGACAGUGGCGGAUGGAGGAAUACAAGAGAUCGCAGGAGUGAAGGCUGAGGAGAGAGAGGAGGGGGAGGUGAGGGAGGGGGAUAUGGAGGAGGAAGAGGAGGAAGAAGAGGAAGAGGAGGGAAAGGAAGGAAAGGAGGGAGAAGGAGGUGAGGGGAACGAGAGAGGAGAGGGGAAGGGGGAGGAGGAGAGGGAGAGAAGGAAGGCUGGGGCGAGUAUGCGGAAGGAUAAUGAGGAGGAGGAAGCUGAUAGUGAUAGUGAUGAUAGCGAUGAUAGUGAUGGUAGUGAUGAUGGUAGUGAUAGCGAAUACAAGGUUGAGGAGGAGAAGGAUGACGAUUCUGAUAGUGAUGGGGAUGGUGAUGGGGAUGGUGAUUUGGUUGAAGUGAAGAAAGAGAGGGUGGAGAGUGGGGAGAGAAUUGGUGCGGUGGGAGGCGGUGCGGUGGGAGGUGGUGUGGUGCGAUUUGGUGGACAAAGGGGUGGGUUUGGUGGUGGUGAGAACGAGCAGAACGGGGGGCUUGGGAACGAACACGAGCAAAGGGAUAAGUUUGAUGAGAACACUGGAGAGGCAGUGGCAGAAUGGUUGAUGGGCACUAUGGGGAUGCAAGAGAGGAAAGCGAGGAAGAUUGUAGAGAGGACAAGGAAGGAUGCGAGGAUGGGGGGGUGGGAGCUGGAGCGGUGGGUGGCAGAGGCUGUGGAUUUUGCUGCUGCUGCUGAGGUGCACGAGAGGAUGGUGGAGGAAGAGGAGGAGAGAGAGGGAGAGGAGCAGAAGCAGGAGGAGGAGGAAGAUGAGGAGGAGGAGGGGGGAGGUUAUGGUGAGGAUGAAGGAGGGAAGUACGGAGAAGGAUGGGGUCGCGUUGGUGGCGGUGUUGGCAGUGGUGUUGGUGGUGGUGUUGGCGGCGGUGGUUUCAGGGGUGGUGGUUUCGGAGUUGGUGGUUUCAGGGGUGGGAGAGCAGAAGGGAGGGGCGUGGGAGGCUGGUUGAAUGAAGACGAGGAUGGGGCAUCCAGCUUUGGCUUAGGUGGUUCGGGCCUCACCCGUCCACCCACCACCUCAGCAGUCUCACGUGCUCCACCUCACUCCCCAGCACCCAGAGCAGCACCCUUUAGACCCAGCGAUCAGGCGGGGCCCAGCAGGGUUGGAUGCGGUGAUGAGCGGUGGGGGAACAACGCAGCCAGGGGUGGUGGUGAUGGGUGGGGUACCAAGGUUGGAUGCGGUGGUGAGCGGUGGGGGAAUAACACAGCUAGGGGUGGUGAUGAGGGGUGGGGCAGCGGGGUUGGAUGCGGUGGUGAGCGGUGGGGGAACAAUACAGCCAGAGGUGGUGGUAUGGGGACGGUGGGGGCAGGGGGUUUUGGUAAGGGAGGGGUAGAGCGACAGCUGGCACGGAUGCUGACUCAGCGUGACAGCGUGGCAGGAGGUUUGAAGGAGGAGGGGUGGGAGGGAGGGAGUUGGGGAGGAUUGGGGGGAGGGAGAGGUGGUGUGACCGGGGCAGCAGCUGGUCAGAAGCGCAGGGCGAGUGGUGGACUGGGCAAUGCUUCCAAGGCAACGGGUCAGAAGCGCAGGGCGAGUGGUGGACUGGGCAAUGCUUCCAAGGCAAGUGUGGCGAGUGGUGGACUGGGCAAUGCUUCCAAGGCAAGUGUGGCGAGUGGUGGACUGGGCAAUGCUUCCAAGGCAAGUGUGGCGAGUGGUGGACUGGGAAAUGCUUCCAAGGCAAGUGUGGCGAGUGGUGGACUGGGAAAUGCUUCCAAGGCAAGUGUGGCGAGUGGUGGACUGGGAAAUGCUUCCAAGGCAAGUGUGGCGAGUGGUGGACUGGGCAAUGCUUCCAAGGCAAGUGUGGCGAGUGGUGGACUGGGAAAUGCUUCCAAGGCAAGUGUGGCGAGUGGUGGACUGGGAAAUGCUUCCAAGGCAAAAGCGACCCCCCCUGCCUGCGCCCAGCCUCGUGCAUUCCUCUCGCGGCGUGCAAGCCAUCCACCCCACCCAUCCCGCGACCCCCGAAACGCCCGUCCGCUGCGACCCCACCAACUUCUAUCCCUCUCACUUGCUUCCUUCCUGCCCCCCUUUCCUCCCUUCCCCCCCUGCCUCCCCUGCCCCUCCUUUCCUUAUCCUCUUACAGAAGCGAAACCUUCCGCCCGCGCCCAACCUCGUGCACUCCUCUCGCGGCAUGCAAGGCAUCAACCCCACCCACCCCGCCACCACUGA